UUACGAGUUUUAGGUUCUGAAAACGGUCCGUUUAGGAACUAAAAACGGUCCGUUUACGGCACGUUAACUUACCGUUAACGACCAGUUAACGGGCCGUUAACGGUGCCGUUUUCUUGGACCUGGGUACAUUUGAUGUCGAUGGUAGGUUACUAGGAAUACCAUAAAAAAUUGUGAUGAUCUUGUGGGUGUUUUCUUUAGCGUACAAUUGGUGGCGCGCAUGCGGUGGUACCGCCGCAAUGUAUAAAGAUACUGACAAAUUUAUGCGCUGUCUCGUCUUACACGCCUGCAAAGACAGUUAUGAGAACGGCUACAUAGAAUAUUAUGGGUAAAACCUUUUUCGUAUAGAAAAAUAAAUAAAGUUCACGCUUUCUUUUCGUUCAGUAAUCAUGCACGAUCGAAACGGAUAAGUUUUCUUUAUGAAUAUGCGUUUUCUAUACAAGUUUAUGUGAAAGAAAUGACAUAGAGUUUUAAUAAUUUGGUCUCAUCUUUUUUAUCUUAUUUCAUUUUGGCUUUUAUGAUGUUCUAGCUGCCUAUUGAUAUAGCAAGUUUAUCUGAAAACGAUCAAAAAGCUCGUCGUUCAACAUCACAAAACGAAAAAAUUGAAACAUUAUUUGAUACCUCGUAUGAUCCAUUAGCUUAUACAAAUCGAUAUGCGCCAACUGUAACAUCGAGAACAUCAACAUAG